CUUCCCUCCCUGUAUAAAGUCCCCAACACCUGGAGAUUGUGGUGCCAACGGCGGACAACAGCACGCUGGCUGGCCAAAAAAUCAUCGAGCUUUGUUCAAGGGGUUAUAUAGUAGCCCAUCGACCAAACGCACAUCCCUCCUCCGCCUAACCCACCGCAGUUCGCUUUUAAGGCAUCUGUGUGUCGCGAGCCCCAGCCAUACACGCAGUCCGUCACGAUGCGGUUGCUCUCCUUUUCCCUUUCGACGUACGCCGUCUCCGCGCUGCUGCUCUUGCUCCUGGGCAGUGGAACCAGCGCAUACCAGGACUUUGCCAACCCGGAGCUCCGCCUGCUCAAUUCCAAUGAUUUUAAAAGCAAGACGACCAAGGGCAUGUGGCUCGUCGAGUUUUUCAGCCCACGGUGUCCACACUGCCGAAACUUCUUCCCGACGUGGAAAGACCUGGCGAUCAUCUCCGAGCAUCUCGAAGACUCCUCGUCCUUCUACAUGGCGCAGGUAGACUGCGAGGCGCAGGGCGACCUCUGCGAAACCAAUGACAUCACCAGUUACCCAAAUAUACAGCUGUUCAAGGACGGGAAAAUGGUGGAGAAGUACAACGGCGAUCGUGGGUUUGGCACGCUCAAGGCUUGGAUCAACAGCAAAGCCGAGGGGUAUCGGAGGGAGAUGGCUACCAAUCAGCAGAGCGCUCAGGCGGGGCAGCAGCAGAAGCAGUAACGCGUUGGAGCGUCAUCAGGGUUUUGGCACUACGACUCUGAUGCAAUGAGCGCAUCCUUCAGACGCUCCCAUAACUUUGCAGCUGCUGUUGCAAGCAGAGCAUGUAUCAUAAGUUAUCUCGUCUUCCCGUCUAUAUAUCUUUGCAGGUC